AUGGCAGAACAGUGCAUAGUUUGCCUAGACCCCUUACUGCACGCUGAAGAACCCCCACCACCGCCCGAAGAAGUGAAGCCUGCCCCUAACAGCCCCAAUGCUACCAGCGCCAUAGCGAGCGGCGCUAUUAUCGGUGAUACUACCAACAAUACCGGGCCGUUUAAAGAGGAUGCUGAUGGUGCAUCCCAUCCCCGAUUGCAAGCUGCCAGCGACAGCGGUGUUUGUGUAUAUGACAAAAUCGGAGGCAAUCUACUGUCAUCUUACAAAGUCCAAGAUAAGAAACAGGUCGCCGAAUUUGACCCACAGGCAUGGCUGGACGAGUUUGCAGAGGUCGAGGCCGAUGACAUUUCCACUCCUUGUCCAGUAUGCAACCUAGCCGACAAUGAAGAAGUCCUACUUCUCUGUGACGGGUGUGAUACCCCGUAUCAUACCCACUGCAUUGGCCUCGAGAACGUGCCCCAAGGCGCCUGGUUCUGUAUGGAGUGCAUCGAUCUCCUUGGCCAAGCCAUCCCGGGUGCAGCUACCGAUGGGCAACUGUUUGCCGGUGCACCGCGCAGGCUAGGCCCCCAGCGGGCGCGGAACGACUUUUUCCCCCGCACCAGGCAGAGCAUGCGGCGUGCGAGACGGCGUGCCCAGUCAGACGAGUGGCAGGGCGCCUGGGGUCAAAUCACUGGGCGGAUCUGGGAUGUGCUGAACAUCGACCUGGACCACGACGAGGACGAAUCUCUGGAGGAUUAUCGUCGCGCCGAGCAAUUGAGAAAUAACGAGCGUCGGGAAUUCGAGCGCUGGCAAGAGAGGCUGGACAUAGCCCGUCGUCUCGGAGCACAAGAUGUCUUUGAGCGAAACAUACCAAGCGCCAUAUUGCAGCGCGGAGGCCGACACACUGCUGCAUCGCAGAAUGGACGCGUACAGACGGCAACGGUCCAACAGAGCCGCGAAGAGAUCAGGUCGUGGGGUGCUUUUGAGAGAGCACGGGACUGCGACGUAAGCAGCCAGGCUGCUCGGAAACGCAAGGCUCGAUCUAUUACCGCUUCUCCUGUGGAGCCCGUUCAAGAACCGGAACGAAAGCUGAAACGGCCUCGCACUCGUCGUAUCACGGCACCCCCCGGCGAACCGUCCUCUUCCAAAUCGGCAGUACCUGGAUCGAGCAGCGAUGCUCCAGCUGCCAUAUCAGCUAUCGCGUCGGGAAGCAGCAGCUCGGCUGCAGCAACACUACCGUCCAGAACGCCUCAGACCGACGGCGAGCCUCGCUCUUUUCUGUCUUCGCUGCUCAAAGAGGUCGAGUCGAGCACACCUUCUGACGACGAAACCAUCCGCAACCUUUUUGGAGAGCCUCGGCCUAGCCUCGUAAUCGACCCGUCCUCCCCAGUCGCCUCAUCGCCGGCUGCCUCGCCACAUAACAGCCCACGGGCAAUGUCGACUACACCACCGCCACACCGAGCACUUAGGCCGAGCUCGCCUACGUUGUUGAGCUCCCACAUCGAACCAAUAUAUCCACCAGCAAACUACUCACCAACACGAUCAGCAGUCAGUCCAAGAAGCGAUCACAGUGAUUCCGAAAACAACAAUGGCAACAUCAGCAGCUUAGUAAAUCAAGCCAGUGCUAACCACAACGGCUCGACAUUUGUUACGGAGCUUCGGCAGCCACGUCCCCAGAGAAGGCCGACCAUAGCGCUGCCGCGAUCAGAAGACGUAUCGCCAUCACGGAAUCCACUUUCGCUCGAGAUGAAGGAAAGCAUCAGCAGUAUCGUUCGAGCAGCUUUGAAGCCGCACUGGAAAUCCAGUCAGCUCACCGCCGACCAGUAUGCCGCUAUCAACCGCGACGUCUCCCACAAACUUUACGAGGAGGUGAGCAACCCAGUGGCUGCCGAUUCGGAAACGCGGAAGCUUUGGGAGAAGAAGGCAUCGAAAGAGGUGGCGCAAGCAGUUGCCGACCUAUCGGCAUGA